AUGGGACCCGUGGUGAACCGGACAGUACCUAUCCCCAUGGACGACAUCAAGAAGCAUUUGUUCGGGAAGGAAGACACAAAUACGGCUACGGAUCGCAACGAUCGAUUUGAAACGGGCCAGCAGACGGCAAUUGUGGUCAUGUCCGUGGUGGGAGGAAUCAUGCUCUUUGGCUUCGGCCUCCUCUGGUGGAGGAUCCGGCGCCAUCGUCUCCGGAACUCCGUGAAGGUCUCCCAGACGCUCGAGGUUCGUCUUCUCCUGGUAAACUUCUUUGUAUGCAUCGACGCGAGAAGCACAUCUCCACUUUUCAGUUCUUAG